AAAAACUUUCUGAGAGGUUGAUCUUGGCUCUGCAGUUUCCUUAGUGUGUGAGGAGAACAUGGCCUCUGUGUGAACUGAAGAGGCUCAAACGUCAAGUGAGUCUGGAGCUGCACUGCUCAAGGAGAUGAGCAUUAUCAGGUACGCCUUUCUAUAUCAAAUCUCUGAGUUUACCCUGAAAACAUGCUGCAGAUCUAAAAUUUAUCAUUGAUCUUUAUUCCAUUUCAUAAUGCGUAUCCUGGAAUUACACACUAGCACAAAGAAUCAGUUCACUGUAGGCAUACAAGAGUUUACUUCUGUGCAAAUGUAGUUUUUGAAUGUUUUCACCUGGAAGAUUAUCUCCAACAGGUGUGCACUUAUAGUCUGCCCUCAUUUUUAAAAGACAGCUCCAACUAUUUUUAAAUAAUUUUUUGCCAUGUUGUAACCAAAUAGGCCCUGAAAGUUAAUCUAGAAACCUAAUUCUGGACUCUGGGAGCCCUGGUGGGUACUGUGUCACAAGAUCUAUGAGUCUCCCCAGCUUCCUCAGGGCUUUCUCUCACACACAGUCAGCUGUGUCCUGGCCCGUUUUACCAGCAGGCGCUGAAUAGGACACAACUUUCUGGAGUACAGACAGUGAAUUCACAAUUUAUCAGCGCCUUCUUGUUAAAAUUUCCUCUGGUUUUUUUAAAGGACUGUCGUUUUUAUUUCUGUUUACAGGUUCCUGGAAACUGUAGAAAGAGAAGUCGUUAUUCAGAAGAUUACACAAAUAAGUGAAACCAUGAGGAAAUUUUGAUCAAAUAUAUAUAGGUCAGAGUGUAAUUGGCAAAAUCUUUCAAUUAAAAUGCAAAAAAAUUACAAAAUAUAAUUAUGUAGAUGAGUUCACAGGUACUGUGGAUGCAUCUACACUUUCAGGAACCCAAGAAGUUGUACUGCUGACCUAAUUUAAUGGAUUUUGCAGUGAUUGAUAGCUUCUAAAUGCAUCUAAGUCCAUAUUCUUCAUUACAGCUAUAUUCCAUAUUCUGAUUACAACUGUCUGAUGCUAUAUAACGUACUUUCACUUGAGUAAAUAUGAAAAUAACUUCAUGAAGCAACUGAAACUUCAAUUCUUCAUCGUUUGGGUUGUGUGGUGAACAAUUUUACAGCUCAUCACAUGGAUAUUAAAAAUAACAUAAAAUUGAAAUCAAAAAUAUUUGAAAACCUGCUUUAAUAUUGAUUCAUAGCCCCAAUCUAUAGACUGACAAAGCAUACGCACCAAGCAAGUAGGCUUAGAGCACAAAGAAGAGGAUGGAGUCCAAAUUUAGAGCUAAAAGUUGAGUGAAUACUUGAGACAGAGAGGUACAACUGCUGGUUUAGCGUGUUGAAAAGAAAAAUGAACUGCCCUUAGUAACCUUUUUAUUUAGUGGUGGUGGUGUCGGGGCAUAAAAAAUUUGACAAAUUCACAGUGUCUUGCGAAAUCACACUAAAUAAAUGAACACUUAAAAAGAUUAAUUGGCUCAAAGUUCAGUUCAUAUAUCAAAAUGUCUUUAAAGUCAUAGUUCAUUAUUCUUAUUAUCAAAAUAAGCUCAUGGUUUACAAAAUGAAACCGCUAAUAUAUACAUAUUUUUUAUUUAGCUCUGCCAAAAGUCUCUCCCUGAGCCUCCUAUGCUUGAAUCUAAAGAGCCCUAAGUCAAUGAUAUUUCUUAUACUAAAUUAAAUUCCAUUAAACUCUAAACAAGCAAAGACAAGUAAUAAUUUUAAAAGCCAAUAAAAUACAGUUUGAGAAUGUUUUAUCCGAUAAAAGAUGAGCCACAAAGCAGUGCAACUUAAAACAGAUGACUUUACAAAAAUGUUGUUUGUCCUGAAAAAUGUGUAUCAUGUGGUAAACUCUGAAAACUCCUAACUCUACAUUUAGCCUUUUUGCCACAUUGUUUAAUUGAACAAAACAGCUUUUAUCUUUGUGCUUUUCAACAAAAGUCGAGGCUUCAGUCAAAACCUUGUGGUCCAACAUUCAUCCAGCAAAUUUAUUUGAUUUCAAACACAGAAAAUAGUUGUAAGAAAUGAACAAAUUCAUUUGUUACUCUGUUUGAUUUUCUGUCUCCCUCCUCUUUGACCGACCCAGAGGGAAAAAAACUGCAGCUCUGAAGAUUUACUCACAUAUUGUAUAUUUAAGUCUGAGUUAUGGCUGAGUAUUUCUCUGAAGGCGCUAACCUAUGUCCCUUUUUAUUAGUGCCAUUUAGCUGUUUUGUUAAUCACUCACCUUAAGAUGAAUGGAUUCAAUGAAUGUGUUUAUUUCAGCCCCACCAGGCACAACACUAUAAAUUGUACUCAACAUAUAGACUGCAGCAAAUAAUCCGACAGGCGGUCUGCAUGUACAACCAGUUCUUCCUCAGAGCCACUGCCUCGCCAUCUUAAUAUGAAGUGUAAUGUAAGAGUCAGUGUGUUUAAAAUGGUAUGACAAAAGGAUAGAAACAACUUUCCCAACCAUGGUAAAAUAAAUAAAAUAAUUUAAAAUCAAUAAAACAAACAGAUAAAAUCCUCCUGUUCCAUGUUUGCCCUGAACACCAUGAAAACCUUUGUUUUUCCGGAAAAACGAAAUAAGUCACAAGCUAUCAGACCCAGGGCUCCCCAGAUGGUAAUUAGUAACCAGUAUUAAUGUUCUCUUUGUCUAUCUUGGAUAGUGUUAGUUGUACUAGUUAUCUCUUUGUCUAUCUUUGCAUCACAAAGUUACAGUCUGGCACUGAACUUUGUGUUUCUUUUAUCUGAGCAAACAAAAACUUGUCCUGGUUGAAGUUCUUAGAUUCACACUUUAAGCGUUUCCUUCUUACAGGCAUCUUUCCUGGAUUUGUCGAUAAAAAGAGCGUACAUCUUUGAGCCAGUAUGGGGGACUGGAACUCGUUGGGGAAGCUUCUGGAGAGCGCCCAGGAGCACUCUACUGUUGUGGGCAAAGUGUGGCUGACGGUGCUCUUCAUCUUCCGCAUCCUGGUGCUAGGAACAGCUGCUGAGAAGGUCUGGGGUGACGAGCAGUCCGGCUUCACGUGUGACACCAAGCAGCCCGGUUGUGAGAACGUUUGCUAUGACAAGACCUUCCCCAUUUCUCACAUCCGCUUUUGGGUGAUGCAGAUCAUCUUUGUGUCAACACCAACUCUUAUUUAUUUGGGCCACAUUCUUCAUCUGGUCCGCAUGGAGGAGAAGGAGCAAGAAAAAGAGAAGAACCUCGCCUUGCAGGGUGAAAAGCAGCAACAACUACUUGGAAACAAGCCAAAGAAGGCGCCGAUCAAAGACCAUCAGGGCCAUGUACGUUUGCAAGGCGCACUCCUGAGAACCUACGUCUUCAACAUUGUUUUCAAGACCCUGUUUGAAGUGGCGUUUAUAGUAGCUCAAUACUUUCUGUAUGGUUUUGAGCUCAAGCCGAUGUACACCUGCGAUCGCUGGCCUUGUCCUAACGUGGUAAACUGCUACAUCUCGCGACCCACUGAGAAAACAGUCUUUAUCCUCUUUAUGCUCGCUGUAGCCUGCAUCUCUUUGCUACUCAACCUGGUGGAAAUGUACCAUCUGGGUUUCACAAAGUGCCACCAAGGCCUUCGUUACAGGCGGUCCCGGGCUGCAGCUGAAGCUUCCAAAGCCCUAACAGAACCAGUCAUGCCCUUUGUCCCCAGCUAUAACUACUUCACCAGUCAUCCUGCGGUGCCUGAGCCCUUUCCCGCAGACUCUAAGUACAGCAUGGCAGAGCCGAACCCUGCCUACAGCCCUUACAACAGCAAAGUGGUUUACAAGCAGAACAGAGACAACCUGGCGGUGGAGAGGAAAGGUAAAGGAGAGGGAGACGACGCGAAGGAGAGGAAAACUUCAUGCGCUGCCUUUGAGAUGCCUGCAGAAAAUCAGCGUAGAAACAGUCAGUCAAGCAAGCACAGCAAUAACAAGAGCAGGCUGGAUGACCUGAAGAUCUGA